AUGGAGCGUGUCUAUCCGGCUACACCUUUGGAAGCGCCCAAGGGAUCCGGAGAGGUGGAGUCACCUCCGGAACACCAGCAGCUCUUGACACCGCCCGCUCCACCGAGUUACGAUCAAGCAACAGGCACACCGGCAGAGACAACGGGGCCUGCUCCCACAACAACCACCACCCAUCACACAGUGGUGGUGGUGCCCAGUUCGCCUUACGGCCCGGAGCCCAUGGACGUUCAGUGCCCUCACUGCCACAACUACGCCCGGACCCGGAUCUCCUACAAGCCCAAUUCGCGCACCCAUCUGAUUGCCCUGAUUCUGUGCCUGUUCCAGUUGUACUGCUGCGUGUGCCUCCCCUACUGCAUAUCAAGUUGCAUGAACGCGAAUCAUUACUGUGGCAUGUGCGAUCGCUAUUUGGGCACCUAUAAUCGCAAGUGAUUUGGCGGAUUUGUCGGGGUUUCUGACUCGUUUUUUCUGUUCAUUAUUAUGCGUUUGUGUUACUGAAUUAAACUAAAAGAGUCCUUUAUUAAAGUUUAAUUUAUUUUUUCCCUAGUUUGUUACAUUCAUAUCAUAUUCACUGGAAAAACUUGAAAGUAAAAGCAUUUGUUAUUUCGAAAUUGCAGACUCUACCUUGCAAUGUGAAUAAAUAAACAAGUUUAUUACUUAAUACUUAGUUAA